AUGUUCUUGAAAGUGACAAAGCAUGAGCAAAUGCUUUGUGAAGGCAAAAAAGCUGUUGAUCCGCAACAAAGUUCAAAUGUGGAUUCUGUUACAAUUCAUCUACCAGACGACAGUAAUGUCGCUAUCGGUCCGGUGGAUGUGGAUAAAUACCCACUAAUACAAAAUUUGAUUGACCAAAUUUUGGCGAAAAAUCCAAAAUUUCCAAAAGAAAGGAAAUUAACGAUUAUCGAUGCAUCCGUCGUGGGAUCAUCUGUAUCCGGAGUGCCGCAAAACUUGCUCGUUAAAUUUGCAUUAGUAUUUGGAAAAGACUGUAAUAUAGCUUGUCAACAAAUGCUAAUUAUAGCAGCGGCGCCUGCAAUAGCCACUGGUUUUGAUGCUAGUCCGCAACUUUUAUCGGCUUUGGUCUCUGCUUUGACCUCGGCUGUGACCUCAACUACUACAGUUGCUAAUCAAAUAACAACAACAACAACAGGUAUAUUACUUCAAGAUCAUGCUUACGGUUAG